AUGCUGUGGAUGGAGUGGAAGAAGGUUGUGGACUCCCUGCGUGGGCGGAGGAGGAUGCUGCCCUGUUCCUUCUGGUUCCUCCUGCUGUUCGCCGCUGGAGGCCUGGUUCUCUUCAUCCACCUGCAGGACCUGUCUGAGAUGGUCCAGCAACAGGGCCCAGGCGUGAAGCUUGGAGGCACUCCGCGGCAGUCCAGAGAGACUCUUUGUACUCAGGACAGAGAAGGAGCCAGGUCUGACCCAUAUCAGGACCAACGACUGGCAGCAGACAUCUUGUCCAGCCCCAUUCCGCCCAUGCAGUUCCCAGACUUUGAGAGGAGCAAACAGACAGCCACUCCUGGGUCUCGGGAGCAGGACAUAGGCUCCCUUCGCGUCACCAAAAGACACCGUAAACUGUUGAAAACCAGUCCGAUGCUCCACCACUCCAUUAAUGCUUCCUCCCCUUCUUUGUCCUCUUCUUCCUCUUCAUCAUCCACAGUUUCCUCCUCCUCUGCCUCAGGAUCCCUCUCUGCAGACAGGUGGAAAACACUCUCUCGUGUCCUGGAAGCGCGUCAGCAGCUGAUGAAGGAGAUAUGUGCCAAGUACAAAAGCAGCAUCUCCAGGACCAUCACACGUCACCAUGUAGCCCACAUCUACGUGGAAGACAAGUACAAGUUGCUGUAUUGCCAGGUGCCCAAGGCAGGCUGUUCAAACUGGAAAAGGACCCUGAUGGUGCUGGCAGGCCAGGCCUCCAAUGCCCAGAGCAUCAAACAUGAUACAGUCCACUAUGGGAACCACCUCAAGAGGCUGGACAGCUUUGACCGACAAGGCAUCAUGCGCCGCCUGGAAACCUACACCAAAGUUGUCUUUGUCCGAGAGCCUUUGGAGAGGCUUGUGUCGGCCUACAGGGACAAGUUUGAGAACCCCAACAACUACUACCACUCCCUGUUUGGGAAACCCAUUAUCUCCAAAUACCGGGUGAAUGCCUCCAAGGCUGCCCUGAGCACUGGCAACGGGGUUACAUUCCAGGAGUUUGUCCAGUACCUGCUGGAUGUUCACCGGCCCGUAGGAAUGGACAUCCACUGGGAACCAGCAAACCAACUCUGCAACCCCUGUCUGUUGGACUACGACUUCAUUGGCAAGUUUGAGAACAUGGAGGAGGAAUCCAAUUUCCUCCUGCGACGGACUGGGGCGCCACGCAACCUCACGCUGCCCAAUUUCAAAGACAGGAACCCUAGUGCUGAGAGGACCUCUAUGCAGAUCACACAAAAAUACUUUGCACAGGUCAGCAUGUGGGAGAGGCAGCGAAUGUACGACUUUUACUACAUGGACUAUCUGAUGUUUAACUACUCCAAGCCUUUUAAAGAUUUAUAUUGACUGACUCCUAUGAAGACUAUU